GGCCAGACUCUCUUAAUAUACGGCUCUGGUAGUUUACACAUGUACGUAAUGAUGUCACACGCACGGUUCGAAGAAGAAGCAGAAGCAGAAGCAGCGCGGCUGAGGCCGUUUAAUAAACUACCGUCACUGGACACAGCGAGUAUCUUGCUGGUGGAGUAUGAGGAGCAUUUUCAGCAGAGUUUAGCAGAGGCUCUGGUUGAGAUGGCCAACAUCACUUUGAAUGUGAGACUGUCUAAGAAUCUCCCCCUUCCCGCUCUGAACGAUGAGAGUCGUCCACGAAUAGACCUGGUGGUGAUCAUCAUCAACCUGACCUCAGAGCUCAGUUUCCAUUCUGCAGAAGCUUCCCUGAAAUAUUUGGACCCUGGAUAUUUCCUAGGAAAAGUCUGCUUCAUGGUCACUAAUGCUCGUAAUGUUUCAGUCCCCACAGAACGAUUGGACGCUGUCAGAAAGCUGGCUGCAUCACUCCACUCCCCUCUGCUGUUUGCAGAGUGUAUGUUUUUUCAAAAGCCUUUAUGUGGUACUGUCCUCCCCUCCAGACACCAGAUGGUGUGAGCACCGCCGCAGACAGGCUGUGGACCAUCCUGAAGGCGGCUGCUGGGCUUGUUCCUAUGACUACUUCUCUAUAUCUGUCAAACCUGACGAGAUGCACUUGGCCCCCAGAUAUGGACCAGCCAAGCUUUGAUUAGCACUAUUAUGUGCAUUAGUGGAUAAUGUUGUUUGCUACAUCUGUGGUUAUCAACAUAAAAAAAUAAAAUAAUAUAUAUAUAUAUUUA